UGGCGACGUCAUCCACAGACGCCGGAAAAGGCGCAAGCUUGAAGUUCAUCGAGCUGAGUUGGCUGUUGUUGGAGCGAUUAGUACCUGUUCGUGUAGAUCUCCAUCGACGAGUUUGUUGUUGUGGAAUCCUGUCACACGACGGGAGAGGCUCGCUGCUUUCGAUUGAUUGAGUGGACGCCCCUGUGUUAGCUAGCCACCCUUUUCCAUUACCCAACGGACAUUUCUAACGUAAAACGCUCAAACCCUCAUUCGACGCAAUGGACCCCGUUGGUCAAGCAUGCCCCCCCGCCCCCACUCUCUCUCUCGACCCAGACAUCAACCUGAACUCCCCCAACAAGGGCCUGAGCCACGCGGCAGGCGACGAUGCCCUGUCCGGCGCCUCCGCGCAGGGGGGUGCUGUGGGCGUGUCGUCUGUCAGCACAUUGCCCCCGGGGCUCACGGAGGAGGAGGCCGAGGAGCUCCGCAUCGAGCUGGGCAAGGUGGAGGAGGAGAUCAACACCUUGAGACAGGUGCUCCUGGCCAAAGAGAAACACUCUGCAGAGCUGAAGAGGAAGUUGGGUCUCAGCCCCCUAAAUGAGCUCAAACAGAACCUCACCAAGGGGUGGCAGGAUGUCCAGACCUCCAAUGCAUAUCUUACAGCGUCUGCAACUUUGGACGACAUUGCCAGAUCGGAAGCGUAUAAAAAGACUCAGGAGACCCUGUCAGUGGCUGGACAGAAAACAACUGCUGCCUUCUCUACCAUGGGCUCUGCCCUAAGCAGGAAACUGGGAGAUAUGAGAGCCCUGCCUUUCUCUAACUCCUUUGGUAGCAACUACUCGAUUCGACAUUCCAUAAGUAUGCCGGCGAUGAGAAACUCUCCGACCUUCAAGUCGUUUGAGGACAAAGUUGGCAACAUCAAGUACAAAGUGGUCGGAGCGAGAGGAAACGGUGAAGCGGUCCAGUCACCGACCGAAACACACCACGUUCAGGACAACGCCCCCUUCUGAAGCUCCUCCCUCUCCCAUCACCUGGACUGUGACAUCACUAUGCGCCUCAUCUCAGAGUGACCCCCUUGACAUUUGACCUAUGUUACCCUUCCCCUCCUGACACCACAUGCCGUUACUCACCACUGCCUCCCCCCGCCCCGCUACAACCCAACACUACAUUGACCCCUGACCCCUAGGCCAAGGCUAGACAACCUACCCAUCCGCUCCCUGUGGCCCUCCAGAAAUGGAACCCUUGUGGCGAUUUGUCUGGACUGGACGGGUAGAAGCCGUGUGCCCACAAUUCUUCUUUUCCUGCGACACGGAAAGGUGCCAGGCUAAUGUUAAAACGUAUCCAAGUGAAUGGCUAGGUUGUUUUGUUGCUGUAUGGCUUCCUCGUAUCCCUUCUACUCCCUUUCAAUCCACACCGGUGCCUAGGGGGGUCAGGGCCUAGCAUCGGUUUGUAACUAAUCCUCACCUCCCCUCUCGCCUAUGAAAAGCAUGUUCAUAUCUCAACUCAUUGUACAAAUACAAACUAGUGCAGAAGAGGUUUUCACAGCAUCUGAUCACCACAGCUUGUAAAAAAAAAAACAAAAAAAAAAGUUAAACCAUUUUGUAUUAUAAAACUAUUUUACACUGCUUUGCAUAAAGUUUUUACAUAACUUUUAUCUAUAUAAAUAUAUGAAUACAUAUUAUAAACAAUAAUAUGGCGUUCAUCAACAUCUAAUGAUGGGGAGGAGUCUCAAUCAAGGAAGUGAAGUACCCACUCUGCUCUACAGCUUACUCAAGUACUCAAGCUCUACAGCUUUGAUCUCAGUUUUGGACCCUUCUAGAUUAAUUUUUUUUUUUUCUUCUAUACUGACUACAACAUAAAGCAAUGCUUUGCGGUAUAAUUAGUUGGCUACCUAGGGAAUGGGGAAACUUGUGAUUCGACCUUAAACUUUUACGCUGUCAUUGCUUUGUCUUAUGUUACUUCACUGUUACAAAAUAUAUAUUUGUCUCUCUAUUUUUGUCACCUUCUGUUGUAGAGUAGUCUUUUAAAAGGGGGGGGGGGGGGGGGGGGGGGGGUUUCCUCUGAACCUGUCCUCCAGCCUCCCGGGGCACACUCCUGCCCCUCCCCGGCUUGAGAAGCACCCAAACAGACAUCUUUGUAAAUGCACUCCCAUAUGCCCCAACGGACACACCCCCGCCCAGAUUAUGUCCACUGUUGUGAUCACCAACACUUCCUGUUCAGCCACUGUGCUCCAUUUCAGGCUCUUUAUAGUAUGAUAAUAAACACGCUGUGACCUUUAUGCAGCCUCCAGCAGCCCCAUGUGAUGGUGGCUGGUGUUUUGGUAGCACGGUUUUAUUUUCAACAUUUAAGUACUUAUAGGUUGUAUUGUUGUUGUUUUUGCCUGAUUUCGAGUAUUCUGUUCCAAUCAAGAGAUUAAUUUUUUUAUUUUUCCUGUUGGUCCUGUUUAGUUGAGAUGGUCGUAUUUAGACAAUGUUAUUGAGUUUCCUUCUCUCUUGGGUGGAGUUCAAUUAAAUAGGGGAAUUUUGUAUUUAAUUGCCAUCUGUAAAUUGUUGCCAAUUAUUUAAUAUUUGCCUGCUACAGCGCUCUUUCAAAUGAGUUAUUAGUCAUGCCAUAGAUGGUUUACUACUAUCUGGACUGGUUCCCCUCACAGGUUAGGCUGCUUUUCUGUAAAGCAUCCCUGCUAUUAUUUUGUUUUACUAAUUGGUCUGAAGACCAGUGAGAACGUGUAUGAAAAGAUCCGAUGUGGUUGGUCGAAAGAUUUGUUGGGCUGGGGAAAAAGGAACAGAUUUGGCCUUCCUGUCUGAAUGCAACAUUGGACACAGAAUCUCUUGAAUAUUUUUUUUGGGUUCCAGGGCCAGGCUUAAUCUGUCUGGGAAACCUUCCCUAAAUGGCUGCAUUGUGACAGGCAGUCCAGUUUCCUGUUUAUGGGGAAAUUAUUAGAUUUCUAUCGGUCAAAAUACAAGUUGUUGGCCGAAGAUCAGAAUUUGGAUGCCGUUUGAAUGCAAGCCAUUUUUAGAUGGUUUCUGUUUCCUUUGGUUGACGUUGCAAUGGGGAAAGUUUUUCUGUGUAAAGUUGCAAAAAACUAUUGGGGUCAAAUGUAAAUUUUUGGGGCACCUUGGCUGAAUUUGUUAAAACACAUUGUUAGGGGCAUUUGCAAUGUGCCAACCAUGCCAAUUUAGGGAAUGAAAGUUUGAAUAUAUAGCUUUAUUUAGGAGCCUAUCAGUAGAAGUUGAAGGGAUCAGAUAGAAUGGUGGAUGAGUUAAACGAAGAAAAAAACAUGUAUGUUUUGGAUAUCAAUAAAGCAUUCCUUUAAACAGU